AUGGCGCACGAACACAUGCCGCAUUCGUCGCUUAUGACUGCGCGCGCCUUGUUCCCAGCGGUUCUACCGCACUCGCAGGGAUGCAAGAGCAACCAACGGUCAGUGGUAGUCGGCGUGAGCGCGCAGCACACGUGGCACAAGGGCAAAGACGACAGUGAAGACAGGAAAGCCAGCGACAGCGCGUCCGCGCCGUGUCCCGAGUCCGCGGAAGCCAAGCGCGCGCGCCGCUCCGCGAUCGAAAAGAUGUCACGACAGAAGCGGAAAAAGGCGCUUGCGGACAUGCGACACGAGGUCCGGCACCUGGAGCAGCGUGUUGCUGCGUUGACACUGACGACGACGAGACGCGAGCGACGACGGGGCAGCGACAAGCGACCGCUCGCGGUCGUCUCGUUGCACCAGCUGCAGCAACAGUAUGCACAGCUGGUACUUGUCACCUGUGCGCUCGAGCACGACCGCGCGGCACUGCGCAAGUUGCUGCGAGAGCGAGUCGCGGCCACAAGACGAGCAGAUGCCGCUGCGACAAAGGAACCCGAGCGACAGCUGUGGGUCAGCGGCGUUCCGCUGUGCUCGCCGUCGUUUGCCGUGCGUUUCCGUCAGCUCUCUUCUGACGAGUGUUUCCGUAUCGUGCAGAGCGCCAAUCACGAGAUCGAGACGUUCUGUGUGGCCAAUAGCGUGGAAACGACCGGUGUCACGUUCAUGGGCUGGACCGAUAAGCGCAAGCUGGACCGGGACCUGCGAAGGUUUCAGUAUUGCUUUACUAAACGCUUUACGCUCGAAACGCCCGAGCGGCUGCUGGGCCCAUCGUGGCAGGUUUAUUCGAAUGGGGACAAGAUGAGGCAAGUAUCGUUCGGUAACUUCGGCCGCACGCGGUUUGAAGUGCUGCAAGUGCUGAAUGACAAGUUGGUAAUCGUCCGUCGAGACCACAAGUUUCCGACGUCGCCACUGACGUUUGUCUCGGUCCAGCUUGUUGCGUGGUGGCAGACACCUACUGGGUUCAUUACGUGCAGCCGGACGAUUCGAACGUUUGAGCUGGAAAAAGCACUGGGGCCGUAUGAAAGCUAUUAUGACGCUUUCCACUGGGCUCGUUUGGACCGGUUGUUUGACGAGUUGGACAAGCCUGCGGGCUGUGAUGUCGUGCUGGGAGGAUCGGUGAACGAUCAGAACCAGUUGCAUUCGGGACAUUGGCUUUUCGAACUCGUGUGCUGUGUCUUGCGAUGGGAACACGCAUGCGUCGGUUCGCUCUUGUUGAAACGGCUUUGA